AUGUCUGGACGCGGCAAGGGUGGAAAAGGCCUCGGCAAAGGCGGCGCCAAGCGCCACCGCAAGAUCUUGCGCGACAACAUCCAGGGUAUCACCAAGCCCGCCAUCCGCCGUCUCGCACGCCGUGGCGGUGUCAAGCGUAUCUCCGCCAUGAUCUACGAGGAGACCCGUGGUGUCCUCAAGUCCUUCCUGGAGUCUGUCAUCCGUGACGCUGUCACCUACACCGAGCACGCCAAGCGUAAGACCGUCACUUCCCUUGACGUUGUCUACGCUCUGAAGCGCCAGGGCCGUACUCUCUACGGUUUCGGUGGAUAG